AUGAACCUNCAAGAGGACCCAAACAAAUUCACCGCGUAUCUCGCCCUCAGGCCAAUCAAGGACAUCAUUGAAUAGGGUGCUGACCCAAAUUCAAAUUCUUGCCCUCCCAAAACAUAACUCCUACCAUGGAAAAGAGGGUUUCGUCCUCGACCGACGUUGGGGAGUUUCAACCUUUAUGAAGGUGUUCUCCACAUUACCCCCCACUUUUUCGAGGCUUCUUCUUGUUUGCUAGGCAAGGGAAGUCUUCUUGGGGUAACCGGAACCCGACCGGCUGGCGGCGAGUAGAACCCCCUUUUUUUCCAACAAUCUUCUGUGCACGUGUGCGGGUGCACCACUUCCGCCACGCAUUGCCAACAGUUUCGAGUUCGAUAGACAAUGCAUCGUUUCUUGGCCCACCCACCGUUUGUUUAUCUUUUCUUUUUUUUCGGAAGAAAAUUAGGUGAGCAGCGGGUUUUGAACCCGUGUCUUUUGCAACCAAAAAUACGAGUACCUGUUGACGAGGUUUAAAGACGGGGUACUGCGGUAACUUUUCGUUUUUCGCAGCUUGCUUCUUCUCUGCACGUUCCGUGAGGUUUCUUCGCGCUAGUUCGAACGCAAUUUGUAGAUUUUCUCGUGUUUUUUUGCAAAACUUUCGGUAUCUGCAGUUGAUCCUUCAUAUGGGAUUCCGAGAAUUACAUCUAUCUACCGGUAACCAUGCUUAGCGACCAAACAUCAAGAAGUACGGUGUCUCAUGCAUGGUUUUAUUAAACGACGUAUUAUACGCUAAUUGAACCAUUGGCAGGAGAUCCGCCCAGUUGUCACGAUUCAUGGAGCUAUGCAUUGCGAGCAUGGAAUGCAUCGUUGAAUGCACACGCACAAGACCGAAUUACCUUGCGGACGAUACGGCGUCGUGCGUGUUUUUUUAUAGCCCAAGAUUGUUUGCAACUGAUAGAUUAUCUUGUUUUCGAAUUCAGUGCCUUGAUCAGAGUGCAGCAUUUCAGGCGGGCCGAAGAUACUGAUAAUCCGAUCAAUGAUUACACGUGCUACCGUUUCAGCAGUAUUGUUUGGAACUGGUGUGAGAAUUGCAUAACGCGUCAGGUGGUCCAUCAUGGAAAGCACGUAUUUGCAUCUCACUCCGACUGCUGACAUUGAGAGUGAUUUGUACUCGACUAGGUCGACUGAUACUCUUUCAAACGGCCGCUGUACAGGUGUCCUGGCAGAUACGACUUAAACAGUAAUCCGUCUCGUAUGGAAUAGUACGACAUUGAUGUUGCCGUUUCGUUGUCUGGUAGCGGUGCUUUGGCGUCUAAAAUGUAUUGGACAUAUUCGCCGUAUUCUUCGGCUUGUUUCUCGCGCAAUUUCUCAUGCUUAACAGAUUCAAAUACUUCCGUGGCGCUGACGAAAUUCGAAUUUACUGUGAAUAAUUCCCUAUCACUAAGGACUGGUUGCACAUCAUCCAAUUUGUCAGUCGAGACUUGGUAUGGUCUGUUUGGCAUGUGUUGUUGCAGCUUUGGAUCGUCCGGUACAUUUCGGCAAAUCGGUGCAAGGUUCGGCGCAGUUCGUUCUUGUUCAUUAUCGAACACGAAAAGUCGCGAUAACGUAUCCGGCACUACAUGCAACUUUCCCGGUUUGUGUUUCACCGUGAAAUCGAAGGAUUGCAGUGCUGUUGCUCAUCUCGUGAGCAUAUUUGACGUGUCUUGCAUCGUAUAAAGAUAUCGCAAUGCCGAAAGUCCGGAAAAUGCAAAACAGGAGCGUUGGUGAGUAAUCGUUUCACUUCGGCAAAUGCUUCAUCAUGUUUCGGACCCCAGCGUUUCGCUACCGACUUCACUGCGUCUUUCUUCGUAAGGUCGACCAUUGGUGCGGUGACGGCGGCUACGUCUGGGAUAAAUUUCCUGACAUAGUUGACCGUUCCUAGGAAUGAUCGCAGACUUUUGAUGUUUGUUGGCGUUGGCAACUCUGGUCUCGAUUUUAUCCGAUCUUCACCUAAACAUAUGCCAUCUGCGGAAAGAAUAUGCCCCAAAUACUUCACUUCCUUUGGCCCAAAUUGUACCUUCGACGGUUUUAAUGUAAGACCUGCGGCUUGUAGCGCUUGAAAGGUGAAGUGAUUUCUCUUAGUGUUAGUUCGAAUGGAGUGUACCCUUUAAUUUUCAGGGGCGAACCAUCAGCGCUGCGCAAACUGAUUGCUCCUGUGGGUACUGGAAAUAUUUUCGUGUUUUUCAGCGUUUUGUGACUUCUCAUGAACUUGUGUGAUAUGCAUGGUUGUUGGACUCGUGUCUACGAGCACGCGCUUUAGAUUCCAUGAAAGAUUCGGAUGGAUCUGCCCUCAUCAUUUCCACGCGGAUGUGCGGGUGUACACCGUUUUCGAAAGAUGCAGUGAGAGCUUGAGUAAAAGCGUGUUCGUGAGGUGGUACGUUCAGCGGAGCUGUGCGUUCGGCUUCUGCUAAAAGCCUGGCGUACGUGCGGGUUACUCUGAGCGCAAAUUUGUCAACGCAUUCGCUACUCUUUGCUUCAAAUGUCAUGACACCACGUGCAAAGAGCGAUUCUGUUGGCAGGGGCGAACGAAGUAGUGAAAGCGGUGACCCACUCUUUCCAUGUUUUCGGAGGUGAGAUUCGGAUUGCCUCCCCACGCGCACGCAACGCAUGCAGCUGGGCUGGUGGUCGCCAUUCGAGUGAUGAGCUAAGCAUGAGGCUGAGGCUUUGAGCUGCAGUAGUACCUCGUACGAAAAGUGGGAGGUGUCUGAUUGCACGGUGAUCGAUUGUGCUUUGAGAGACGUUGUCGGCGGACAAUAGCCCGAUUUUUUCCGGAACAUCUUCGUGAGGCAGACCUUCGAGCUUGUGGUCAGCCGGGAGGUCGGUAGCCUUCAAUAUGAAUCAUGUCGUGCUAAUCACGCCCUGGUUUGCCGUGUUCUGGCUUUCCGGGUUAGACGUGUCCUGGUUUACCGUUUGCUGGUUUACCUAGCUCAUUGGUGUUUGGUUUACCGCGUUGAGGUUGUGCGGGGUAUUGUGUGAAAUUGUUGUGUUCUGAUGAGCAGAAGAAAGUUGCGGAACACUCGGGGUGCGCAUGCUAGAACUAUUUUCUGCUGCUAGAUCCUGGGCAAGCGAUCUCGGGUUCACCUUUUCUAUGUCGUUCUGGUGGCCGGCGCCUGGCAUGAGCAUCUUGAUGACCCAGGCUGGGGGCUCCUCCCCGGCCUUCGCUGCUUUCUGGACCUCAGCGACCAGAACUGACUCGAGUGGGCUGCCGCUCGACAGGAGCGACGCGCCCGGUUGACGGGGUGCUUUCGCGCGGUCCCGCAGGAUAUCCUGCGCGAGGCCGUCGUCGUAGUCAUGCCCGUCUACGUCGUCGUCGUCGACUUCCCCCCACGCGCGUCCAUCACCGUUGCCGGUGUGGACGUCGUCGUCGGUUCGACUCCCGAUGUUAUCGUCGUGAGCAGACUCAGCAUCACUGCUGUCGUUGUCCGCAUGGCUCUCAUCUCCGUCGGCAAGAGGACCGAAGGAGCCGAUGCUGCUGCUGUUUGUGCUCGACGGGGUUGCUAAGCCCGCGGAAGCACCAGCAUUCUGUCCAGCGCGCCUCGCCUUAUGCUGUCCCUUUUCGGGCUUAGCGGCGGGCUUUNAAUUGGCGUAUUUGCUUUCUUUUUGUUGCCUCCCAUGUUUCAGACGUGGGUUACGGCGGGAAAGAAAAACGCUUCGUCGAACGCCAAUAUGGAUAAGAGGGUUUCGUCCUCGACAGACGUUGGGGAGUUUCAACCUUUAUGAAGGUGUUCUCCACACUACACCUAAAGAUUAUAGACUACCAUAUUUCCCUUCGAAAUUUGAAUUUCCCAAAUUUGAACUUCGAGCUUGCGUUGCUUCUUCUGUAGACUUGCAUGUGUAUGGCUAAAUAGUGUACACGCGGAGAUACACUGGUGUCCAUCACCAGACCCCCUCCUUACCCGCUGGCUUCUUGAGCCCAACACCAGUAGAGUGUUUUUGUUUUCCCUGCGGCCGUGCUGGAGCGAGAGGUGGACGAAGGACAACGAGGAGCUCGUCCCCUAUACCCCAACCACCACCGACUGCCACGCCAAGAGGGCCGUUUACGAGUUGAUGCGCUAUGUGGGCACCGUGGCCAUUUCGGACAAAGAUGUCCAAAGUGAGCGAACAUGGUAGUCCUGGGAGCAACAUUUUUUUCCCUUGUGCGUUCAAACAUGUCACGAGCCCGGCAGCCGAUGUCAGGUGUACCCGCUCGACUGCAAGUCCCUGCGCUUUCGUAUGUUGACUCGUCUGCAUUUCAUAGAGCCACAAAGUGUUGAGGACGUUGCGCUAGAGUGCCAUCAUUGAUUUACAACGCGAGGUGAGCACCCGCGGUUGGCGUUUGUAAAAGUCUCCCAAGAAAGUGACCAUCAAACAUAUGUCCGGUCAAUCACCAGCCGCGUGUAGCAUGGCCGAAAUUUCAGUUGUGAAUUCAGAUGACAACGUUCGGCGUGUGAUUGUUUCCAUUCCGUCAUAACACGCACACCGCUUCUGCCUGCCCGCCUCAUGCCUGCAUGCGUGUACCGGGCUUUCAACUUUGAGUUCCUCCGGCAGGUGCUGCAUGAAGGGCUUCAAGCCAUAGUCCCAGGCUUUACGCCCCGCCCGGAAGUCUUGUUUGGCAAGGACACCACUCACGACCACCUAUGCGACGAGGUGAUAUGCCUGGACGCCGUUGUUUUUUUUCGUGUUGUAUGUGUGGUUUAUUAUUGACGCCGUUUUUUCGUGUCGUAGGUGUGUGAUUUAUUUAUUUUGGACGCGUAGAUUUCGAACUAUUGUUUGCGAAGCAAUUUAGCCCCUCGUUGACCAUUGGUAUAGCAACGCGAGGCACAUGCACAAAGGCCACAAUACUGCUAACUCUUGCCAUAUCCGUCCCCCCCGCAGGCGCUUUCGCUCUACCCUAGAUAAUGAAACCCAUCGCCAAAGCGGCAAUCAUGGCGGUUCGUCAUGAGCCUGUUCCCGAUGGCGAGACCGACGAAGGGUUCGAUGAGAUGCUUAAGACAGUCGAGUGGCAGGUAAAUUGUGUGCUGGAGGAGAAGGGCAAGAGCGUCUACGAGCACGCCCAGAGGUUUUUCGUUGCCACGAUCUGGGAGACCGGGUAUCGGUUCCAGUUCGGCCCCGGAAGGAUUGCCAGCAAACUUCUGGGCAAGAACGUCUCGGGCAUCACGGAGCAAGACGCCGUCAACGCCUUCAUCCCAUACCUGGACAACCCCACCAACGGUCCGGGCUUCGACGACGACGGCAACGAAAUUGACGGCGAAGAAGACGGCAAUGGCUUGGGAGGCGAUGGCUCGGGC